AUGAGAUUAUCUACCGUCGCUUUAAGUUCAUUCUUAUUAAGUGCUAUCAGUGCUGCUCCAGCUUUACACACUGUCUAUGUCACUGCUUACACUACUGUUUUAGUUAACCAACAAGGUCAAACCAUCACUCAAGCUGUUGCUCCAGUUGAAUCUACUUCAUCUACUUCAUCAUCUGAAGAUCCAGUUCCAACUACUUCUUCUACUGAAGAACAAGUAACUACCAGUUCCCAACCAACCACCAGUGCCCAACCAGACACUACCACUUCUAGCACUGAACAAGCUACCACCUCCACCGUCGCCACUGCAAGCAAUGCUUCUGCUGAUCCUAAUGCUGAAGAAACUGGUGUAAUUUACCACGGUCAAGGUACUUACUACGCCCCUGCUAUGGGUGCUUGUGGUAUCGUUUCCCAAGAUACUGACUACAUCAUUGCUAUUUCCCAUACUAUGUUCGACGCAGCUAUGAUUGAUGCUAACCCAAACCACAACCCUCUCUGUGGUAAGAAGAUCAGAGCUUUCUAUGGUGAUAACUCUGUUGAAGUUACUAUUGUUGACAGAUGUGUCGGUUGUGCUGUCGAUGAUUUAGAUUUCUCCCCAACUGCUUUCCAAGCAAUUGCUGAUCCAGCUUUAGGUAGAAUCGAUAUCACUUGGGAAUGGGCUUAA